AUUUUUCCUGACCAGGGCGAUGCAUCCUCUGCCCGGUGGGUGCGCUGAGAUAGCUACACGAGAUGAUCAUAAUCACGUGUAGUAUAGUGUUUGUUGUUGUGUGUCAGGCCCGCAUCCCUACACCCUGACACCCACCCAGAUGGCCCCUUCCCCUCCCGCCGGCGGCCCCUGGACGCACCAGCCCCCCCCUGCGCCAAGAUCCUCCCGCGCAGCAAGGCACGAGCCAUCCCAGCCCUCGCCUACAGCAAGGCAAGGGGCGGACAGGCAAGCAGGCAUCACUCGGGCGCCCACCACACUCACCAGACACCAGUCUAGCAGAAUUGGUAGGUAAGAUGGAUGAAUGAAUGGAACCGGGAAUGCCAUCCAACAACACCACACACUGGGGAGGUUGUCCAUGUAAUUGUCACAUGGUCCGAACUUGUUCUUUGCUUGUGCUCUCGCGACAGAUCCCGAGCAGAUUCCCAGGCCCACAGGUCCAAGUGACUUACCCGUGGAGGGAGGCAAAAGGUACGGAGUAUGGACUCGGGCGCCACAGCCUACAGACAUCAGUACUUGCGAAUCGGAGCUCACCUCACCGAUGGCCGUUCCCAUCGAGAUACAAACAUGUAACUGUCUGUCUGUCUACAUCCGUCUGCGUGUAGGUACGAGACGGACAAGUACACCUUACCUCCUCCCGCCACGAGCAGCUACACAGUCAUUGACAGGGGUAGGGUAGGGCGUCGCUCACAGCCACACAUGACUCAGGGAGGGAGGCGGGUAGCCACACAGACAGACAGACAGCAAUCGGCCGACCGGUGGAUUGCCAUUCAUUCCUUGCUUUGCUACUGCCUUCCUUUGUUCUCUCUCAGGGUCGGCAUCCUGUCGUUUCAUACGGCUGACCACCAACCAGGCAGGUGUCCGCACAGCACAGUCUGGAGCAACAUCGCUGCUUGCGUGUCAACCUGCCCGUCUUGUCGUCCUGUCGUUGAUACAUUUGUGCAGAUCCCGGCACUUUCCCAGACGGCUGCAACAUCGCACAUACCCAUAGGUGGGCGACCGAGGCAGUCAGUCAGUCCCUGCGUAUGAUAGAUACAUACAUCACAGGCAGACAGGCAGGCAGGCAGGCAGGCAAGACAGGCAGACAGGCAGAUGGACGACUGCGCACCGGUCUUCGGGUGUGCGUCUACUGUCCUGGGUGGCACGCUGUCUGUUGGGGUGUGUUUGUUUUUCAGGGUGUGUGGUUCAGCCGUUUGCCGAGCUGGCCCCGACAGAAGAGCAGAUACCAGUGGUCAGGCACCAACAACGGACAGGCAGGGCCCUGCUUGCAGGGCAGCCAACGACGAAGGAAUGAACGGAUGGCGUUUCUUGUAUGUAUGCGUGGCAUGUGUGUCUUGUGUCUGGAUGGGAUGGUACCCAUAUAUCUAUCUGUGGAUGAAUGGAUGUGAUGUAUCCUCAAAGGUAGACUUCAGUGCAUCAUCAUCCGAAGGUCUGGGCAACAACACAACCACGAGCAGCGGUGCACCAGGUCCCGUGAGGUGUCCCCGGUGUCGGGCGUACGUCAACCCCUUCAUGGCCAGCUCGGCAGGUGGCAGGGAGUGCAGCUGCAACCUCUGCGGACAUGUCUUCCAGGUACCUCAACUAGAAAGCCAGACCGAGACGUGCGCAGGCAUCUAUCUAAUGUUUCCGUCCGUCCGUCCGUCUCUCUGUUUGUGUGUACUCUGCUUGUCGACCACCCGACAGUUGCCACAGUGGUAUUCCUGCGUGCUCGACGAGUUUGGGAGGCGACGGGACAUCAUGGAAAGACCCGAACUGCUCAAGGUAUACAUACACAAACCCUAUGGGCAUGGACGUACGCACGUUGAUGUGUCUGUGUGUCUGUCGGUACGCCCAUCUGCCUGGGUGUGGUGUGGUGUGGGUGUCGCACUCACAGGGUACCGUUGAUUUUGUGGCCCCAGCUGAGUACUCGGAUGGCAUCCCCCAGCCCCCUGCAUUCUGCUUCGUCAUUGAAACCACAUUCAUGUCAGCUGUCACAGGCAAGUCACACACAUGACCUCAUCAAUCAAUCAAUCAAAGCAGCACACGGCAGGUGAGGUGCCUGCCACAGAUAUUCUAACCGUGUCGGUUUCCAUGCAGGUUUCCUUCACCAGGCCAUCGAGAGCGUCAAAUGUGCCCUUGAGCACAUGCCCGCCGUCACAUCAGAGGUAAGGUCGCAGACGUAGACAGACAGAUGCACACACACGUACGUACGUACAUGUCCUGCUGCCUGCCUGCCUGCCUGCCUUGUUCCUCAUUGGUCCAUCCAUUCGUCCAUUCACCGAUAUCCCUCCCUUCCGUGUCUGUGUGUAUGGCGUUGGUUGAUUUGCUGGUUGGUUGGUUGUUUCAGGUGGCGGUAGUGACGUUCGACCACUGCCUGACGUUUUAUCCACUGGACCGUCUGUUCACGGCCAAGAAUCAGAUGAUGUGCGUGGGGGACGUCGAAGAUGACCCAUUCUUCCCCGCACCCACAGAUGUGCUAUGCGUCAACGUGCAGGAGAACCAUGACAAGGUGGGUGAUUCACAAAUGAAUGAAGGACCCAUCGGGCCGUCCAGCCAGCCACCCAGCCAGCCAGCCAGCCAUCGAUCCAUUCCUCCCUCCCACCUGGUGUGGUGUGGUGUACGACGGACGGCACCCUUGCUUUUGUUGUUGUGGUGGCAUGCAUCCCAUCCACCAGAUUGUGGAGGUGUUGGAUUCCGUGUUGGAGCGCGCUCAGGAUUCCAAAGCCUCUCACUCAGCGGGCAACGCUGCACUCAAGGUGGGUGGCUGGGUGGUCGGGGGGAUGCAAUGCAAUCGAUGCGAUGCGAUGCGCAUCGAUGGAACUAUGUUACUUGUAUGUAUAUAUAUACGUGUGUGUGAUUGAUUUUUGUGGCUGGUGUCGUGUCUCCCUCCCUCCCUCCCUCUCUCCGUCUGUCGAUCCUAUCGAUCCAAGGCCGCAGUGGAUCUGCUGGCAGCGCGAGGCGGGGGGGUGGUGAUGCAGUACUAUUGCUCCGUCCCAGACGUCGGUACGCAUACGCAUGCACAUAUGCACGCGCGUCGACUUCUGUACAUACGUACGAUGAGUGCAGCCCACCCCUGUCUGUCUGUUCGUUUGUCCCUCGCCCUCUUUGUCUCGGACUGUGUGUGUACGCAGGUGUGGGUGCGUUGAACAAGCGUGAGGACUUCAAGCACAUCCAUGCCUUCAGCAGCAGUGGCAGCUCAUCGGCGGUCUCGGGAGCCACAUCCGCCCCCACCAGUGGGUCGGCCCCGCCGCCAUCAAGCGCAGCAGGGACUUCUACCGAACACGGAUCGCAGAAGCUCGAUAAAGUCAUGUUCCAACCACAACAGGCAAGUGAGAGAGCAACUAAAGAGCGAGGGACACUGCAUAAUCCAGCCAGCCAUCGACCGCUGGUUUUAUGUGAAUCUCUCCCCUGCUUGAAUUGCAUUUUUUCUUUGGUUCGUUCCUUCCUUUUUUCCUUCCGUGCUGGUUUAUUGGUUGGUUUGUUGGUUGGUCGGUUCAGGCAGCGUUUUACGACAAGCUUGCGAAGCACUGCUAUGAGACGGGUGUGGGAGUGGAGGUGUUUUGUCAGCCGCCGUCGAAUGCCUUCAUCGACCUGGCCAGCCUGGGCCACAUAGCGCAUGUGACGGGCGGCCACAUCCACCUGUACACCCAGACCUCCACCGACAGGGACCCUGAGAGGAUCAAGAGGGACGUCAUACGCACACUCGCUCCCUCUGGCUUCAACUGCAUCUUCAAGCUCAGGACCAGCAAAGGACUCGCCGUGUCUAAGUUCUACGGCCCAUGGAGUGCCAAACAUGGCCUUGAUGCAUCUUCAUUCGCAAUACCCCGCCUUCACCCCGACACCGCCGUCGCAUUCCUCCUCAAACACGACGACAGGUAGGCCAGGUGACAAGGCGACUGACACCGACGGACCGACGGACGGACGACGCAGCUAGCUACGACCAUCUAUCCAUCCGUGCUAUGCUGGACUGUGCUGUGCUGUGCUUUACUGUGCUGUGGUGUGUGUAGGCUUGAUCAGCAGAAGCAUGUGUACCUCCAAUGCGCUUGUAGGUCGCUGAUAGGGAGCGCUGUGUGUCACAUACAUCGCAUAGCGAGUGAAUCGGCUGUGUGUAUGUGUAUGUGUGACAUGAUCAGGCCUGUACACCAACAUGAAGGGGCAGCGAAUGAUCCGAGUCAUCACCCUGGCCACACCCACAACGUCCUCGCUAAGUACCUCACGGCCACACACGGACCGGACCUAUGAGAGACAGACAGACAAUGAAUGCAAUGAAUGCACCGGUUCACCUCAUGUGAACGGACUGGACUCCUUUCCUGCCUUCCUUCUUGGGGGGGUCACCGGUGGGUGGUUUGCGUUGCCUUAGGCUCGGUGUUUCGGUACACGGAGAUCGACUGCUUGAUCAACGUACUCACCAGGUAGGUACAUACACGCAUACACACAUAGCUACAGUGACGGAGACGAGCAAGUAUGAUUGACUGCAUCCCAUCCCCACAGACAGCACAAGCGAAGCAAGGAGAGCAGAUGGCCUGCCUAUUCGGCGUCUAUACAUGUGUCUGUGUGUGUUUCUUUGGUGUGUAGGAUGUCGGCUCACGGCGUGAUGCACGGUGUGGGUCACUACCGUGAAGAUCUGCUGAACAUGUGUGUGGACAUGCUGCUGAGCUACCGGCUGCACUGCGCCACGUCCACUACGGCCGGCCAGCUCAUACUCCCAGAGUCACUCAAACUCUUGCCCCUUUACGUCAUGGCUCUCUUCAAACACGCUGUACGGUGCACACGCAAAAGGGAUUGCAUUGCACUGCAGGGACUGACUGACUGACUGACUCCUGGGCGGGCGUUCUUCUCUCCCUGCCUGCGAAUGUGUGUUGUGUGGUGGGUGCUGCAGGCGUUCAGGGGCAAGAGCGAGGUGCGAGCCGACGAAAGGGUACGCUGCAACACGCUCAUUGACCACUCCACAUUCCUUCCACCCGCCGGCUGACCGCCUGGCUGCUUUGUUGCGUCUAUGAUAAAUCGUGUCUGACUGACUCAUGACGUGUGUGUUUCCUUCAGGUGUACUUUCUGAUGCGGUUCGAGCGUCUGCCCGUGUCGAUGUCGUCUCUGUCGCUCUAUCCGGCCCUGAGGUGUCUGCACCGCAGCCUCACAAACGACAGAAAACUCGAGGCAGCCAUCAAGGUACUGAAUUGAUUCACGAAUCAACCAACCACAUACAUACAUACAUCCAUCCGUGUGUGUCGUCGAUUGGUCUGCGUGCCACCCACCAGGCGAGCUCGCUGUUGCCGCCCACGAUAGCAUCGACGGGGGAGAAGGUCUCAUCUGACGGUCAGACGCACUCAGACGCGAGGGAGGGACACACUAAUCCAAGCAGCUCAGCUCGCAUUCUGCGUGGCUGUGUGUACGGGAUGUGUCGGCCAGGUGUGUAUUUGAUGGAUGAUGAUGAGCACUUCCUCAUCUACGUCGGAUGCGAUGUCAGGCCCUCCUACGUCACACACGUAAGCACCACACACGGACGGCACAUAGUCGUCUCCAUCCACUUGCCGGCCGAUUUGUCAUCUAUCCAUCUAUGGGUCGGUCAGUUUUUGGGUCUUGAGGUGGAGGAGCCCGUGUACUGGAGUGUGGGUGUCGAUGGUGAGGCGUCACCUCUGUACAGCAACGGCAUGGCUGCUGCUGGUGGCAAAGACUGCAUCGAGAGGCGCAUUGUGCAGCACCUCAGAGCCCUCAAGGGCAGCCACCCACAUGUACCUGUACGCAUCAUCCCAGCAAGGUAGGUACGGUACCUAGACACUCUCACACACAUCGACAGACAGACAGACACCAUACAUCGCCCCCCCGGCAUUGAUCGACUGACACACACAUCCAUGCCAUCGGUUGCCAUGCAGGUCAGGUGAGGAGGGUCGGUUCAGCUGCCGCUUGGUGGAGGACCCUGUGUCAGGGGAGGCCAGCUAUGUCGACUUCCUCUGCCAGGUCAGCUCGCACAACACACACACACACGGCCACAGCCAGACACACAUAACCAUCAACGCAUCUUGGUUAUACUGGCCGAUUUGUUUCUUGAUCAGAUCCAUCGUCUGGUGAACGCCAAACUGGAUUGAGCGAGCAAGACGCCCCACAAGGCAUUCGAUGGAGUCACCCGUACACACGCACACUCGUGGCCUGCAGGCAAGGCAUAUGAUCGAUGAGGGAAUGAGUGCAAAGCGAUGGAUGGAUGGAUGGAUGCUCCAUCGCUUUUUGAGAUGAGCAUAUGAGUUGGACGAUGAGUUGGACUCAUGGAUGGAUGUGCGUAUGCUGGAUGAGUUGGACAAUGGACGAGGUGCGUUUUUGAGUUGGGUAGGGGGUGUGACAUACACACACACAUACAUACAUACAUGGCUUCCGUCCUUCCCCUCUGUGUGUCUGUCUGCAUGCCUGUGACUGACUGACGUUGUCUGUAGCAUCCAUCCAUCAAUGGCUGGUCGGUGGGCCAACAUAUGAUGCGCAUGCAUUGAUUCAGUCAUUAACCUAACUGCCUUG